AUGACCCUCGAAGAGAUCUUCCGAGCGAGCAGCAAAGGCUACCACGCCAUGUCUUCCCACCUCCGUUCCAUCGAAGGCAAACUUCUACAUCUUGGGUAUGAUGUCCCCGGUGGAGCUCCUCUUCCGGGUACGGAUAUGACGCUGCAAAUGCACGCGUUGCUGGACGAGGCGAGAGGUUUGAGGGUCAUCAUCGAUACGUAUGCGAGGUCUAUGGAGCUCCUUGAGAAGGCGAGGCAUGAUGUGCUGCUGAGUGAGAAGGAGGAGGUGCAAGGGAAGGAUGCGGAGGAGAGGGAGGCGUAG